AUGUGCUGAAACUAGCUGAAAAAGUGUAUUUUGGGUUACAUAAGCAGCAUCGUUUUUAACCGUUGCAUGUUUGUAGCGGCAUUUUUUACAAGAAUUACAAAAGUUCACGAAAAUACGUUUUAAAUUGUGUGUUUGAACAUCAAUUCAAAAAUAUCAACAUGGGCGACUUUGCCGACCUCCUCCAGGAGGCUGAAAAAAUCACUGUUGACAUUGAAGGGAGUAAAGAACUGCCAAAAGUUGAUAGAUCUAUUCGGCAGGUCUUGGAAGCUUCUAACGAUUUAUAUUCAAAAGUGGCUCAAACUGGAGCAAAGGACAUUCAAGCGAAUUUAUUGUUAGGAUCAAAAGGCGUAGACUUGCCAAAAAUAAUACAAAAAUUGGAAUCAAUUAGUACCAAGCGCACAUUCGAAUCCAUUGAGCCGGUUGAGGACGUAAAUGCAGUCGGAAUUCUUGAAAAUGAAAUCCAAAACUGCAUUUUGAGUGUAUUUGAAAACGGUUUCAAUAAAUGCAUGAAAACAAUUUCCGACUGCUCUUGGGAACACCAAACUGGCGAAUGGAAACAAGAAAAACGAAAAAUCCUAAAUUCGAUGCUGGGACCAUCUGGGGCUUUCAUAGAAAUUGGAAAAUAUUCAUCCGUUUUUAUGGAGAGGCCUAUUUCUAUUACCCCCAACUUAGGAGUGGCAGAGACUCUCUAUGCCGCCAAGAUUAUGGAAUACAAUCAAGCAAUUGGCAGGAGCAUUCAGAAGCCAAGUCUCAUAAACAGCUUCAUCAGCGUGGCAAAUGACUUGAGAGACGCCAAAGUUAAAGACAUGUGGGAAAUAAUGAAAUACAUGACUCAGUUGCCGCCGUUUCCUCAGUCAGAGGAUCAGAUUAAAACUCGAAAUUCUGCCCCUUUCAUAAACGCUUUGGUGAAACAAGGCAAGAAAUAUCUGGAAGAUCGAUAUAAGACGUAUAUGAGUAACAUCAUUAACGAAAACCUAUCAACUGCGAUGCUUGGGGGAGUUCCCGGAACUUAUCCCUUAGUCCGCAGUUACGUCGGUGUUCGCCUCCAAGGCGAAUAUUCGGGCUUGAAAGAUGACAAAAUCGAUGGAAGGCCUUUAUGGCCCAUGGUCUACUACUGUAUAAGGAGCGGAGAUUUAGCAGCAGCAAUUUAUUGUCUAAAGAAGAAAAACGAAAAAGAGUUUCAAGACAUUGUUGCUAUUUUGGAAGCAAAACUCAAUAAUCCUGACAGUCCAGAUAUUUACAAACUGGAGGAUAAUGUGCGCUACAAUUAUCGCAGACAUGUACGUAACGAAACUGACCCUUUUAAGCGUAUCGUCUGUGCGGUGCUUGGCUGUUGCGAUGUCGUUGAUGAGCAUUCGGAAGUCGCCAGAACCGCGGACGAUUAUUUAUGGUUGAAAUUGAGCUUAGUGAGAGCUGAUUACGAAAAGGACGACCACAUUAAGUACAACGACCUGCAGCGGAUGAUUUUGGAAGAGUAUGGUGAAGCUCAUUAUGACGCCAUGAACCAACCCCACUUAUAUUUCCAAGUGCUCGCAUUAACCGGUCAAUUUGAGGCCGCUAUUGAAUUUUUGCCCCGAAUUGAGAGGUACCGAGUUCAUGCUGUCCAUAUGGCCAUUGCCUUGAACGAGUUGUACUUAUUGGCUGGCUCACGGGACAGUUCAGCACCACUUAUUAGUAUUGACCCAAUGGAUGUGAAACCAAGUCGCCGCUUGAACCUGGCGCGUUUAAUUAUGAUUUAUGUUCGCAAAUUUGAAAUAACUUGUCCUAAUGAGGCGUUGCACUACUUUUAUAUCUUGCGCAAUUUUACCAAUGAGGAUGGAGUGAAUUUGUUCAAGAUUUGUGUGUGUGAUCUGGCUAUUGAAACCAAGGAGUACAACAAGAUUUUGGGGGUCAUUCAGCCCAAUGAUAUAAGAACCAAAGGGCUGAUCGACCAGUUUACUAACGCUGAAAUCAGUGCGGAAAACAUUGCUCAAAUGAUUGGCGAUUCUUUGGUAAAGAAGGGAUUAUUCGAGGAAGCAAUAGAUGUGUUUGAUUUGGCUGAUAAUCAAGAGGAGGUUUUGAAUUUAUUUUGCACUUUGCUGUCACAAGUGGUUCAUUUGCCUUCUCAACCAAACUCUCUGAAGGAGAGAUUGUUGGAGAAGGGAAAUAUUUUGAGCGACAGAUACACGAGAGAAGGCUACAAAGCGUCAUCCAAUAUUGUUACAUCCUACAUUAAACUGAAACAACUUGCAGUAUUUUUCGAUCAGUAUCAUUCCAAACAGUUUUCGUUGGCAUUAAAAACUCUGAGCGACCUUCAAAUAAUCCCUCGUCAACCACAAGAGGUGGAAGAACGUGUAAAGGCGUUCAAAAAACUGAACGUUGACGUCUGCAAAGUGAUUCCUGAUGUGCUUUUGGCUACAAUGAAUAUGUUGUUUGCUGAUUAUCAGAAGAUUAAAGGAAAUGAAUAUAUUCCAAGCAGGUUUAACGACAACACCAUUGAGAAACAAUUGUCACAUUUAAGGGAACAGGCAAAAAUCUUGAUUAAUUUCACUGGAAUGUUGCCUUACAGAAUGCCAGGAGACACAAAUAGUAAAUUGGUUCAAAUGGAAAUAUUAAUGCAUUAAGGUUUUUUAUAUUAAACAUUUCGUUCAAUAAAGUUACAAAGUUUCUAAUUUA